AUGGAACAUAGCGGCAGCUGGUUUAUUAGCUCGCGCGACCUCUGCCUUUCUCUCCCCAUUCAAAGCUCCUUUGCUGCCAAUGAGCCCCGCCUCCCAAGAUGCAUAUUUGCUGCCCACGCCCACCGACAGCUUCGCAGGAGGCCGCUAGUGACAAACGGCGGCUUUGAUGUGAUUGCUGCAGCAACAUACAUGUACUUCCUAGAUAUAGCCCAAAGGCGGCAGCCGCUUGGCUACGAGCUUGGUCACAUCUUGGGCCUCCGUCACGAGUUUGCACCCGAGAAAGAGAAGUAUUUGCCUUCUGUUCGCAUUGGAAGCGAGAGUCGUCAAUCUAUUAUGAAUUAUUUUGAUGAUCUGAGCAAAUUCCAAGUUGGCGAACAGGAGAGCAAAGAGUUGGCAGCAUUUUAUGCGCAUGGCCAGGCAAAGUACGAGGGCCUGCUAGUAAUAGUUGAUAUUACGCCCCCCUUACACGUGGUAAAUGCAGAAGUGUGUGAUGCCCAAGACGUUUUGCUCUAUAAAUUGCUGCUGAGACUUGGGAUCCGCAAUAAUCGAUCGCUUCCACUUGAUAACAUUUUCAACAAGCAUUGUUUAUCACACGGCGCAGCAUGA